CGAGAGCAGCGGAAGAGUGCGAAACUCUCGAGAAAUUCCGAAAGGCGCCUGAGGCGGACUACAGCGAGGUUCGGAAAGGCGCCUUGCCGCCUCUGCUGCUGUUUAAAUACCAGUAAGCUGGUCUCCUCUCCUCUCCCGUCCCUGUACCCUUGCUCCCCUGCAUGCCUGAGGGAUCUUUCCUUCCCUGCAUGGACCAUGUCAGAAAUGGCAGAACCCGUUAUUUGUGAGAAGUUUGAGGCCAAUGUAUUUGCCAAGAGCCGCUGCCAGAACUGUUUCCGAACAGUCGCUGCUCACCAGUGUGGUAACCAGGAUCCGGAGGAACAAGUCGUGAAAGCUCCUGACCUUGCUGCAGAUACCAAGGAAUACAUUCCCUGUGACCCAUGGGACCCGUUGUGCAUUUUGGUGCCCCAGUGUGAGCUCUAUGUCUGUGUGGGCUCAGAGGACACAACUGAGAGCUGGCAGGAAAGUUUGGAGUACACCCAGCUUAGCUGCAGAGCAGAAGAAGAAUCUGAAGAAGUCAGUCCAUGUCCUGAUGCCAGCACUGUCCCUGGCAUUGAUAUAAACACCAAUGACAUACUCAGCAGGGACUGGGAAAUGACCAGGCUCCUUGACAGCAUUUUGGGAUCUGACAAAGAAGACGUGAUGUAUCAUGCAGGCCAGAAGCAAGAGAAACGACCUGAAAGCCAACACUCUGAUAGACCUAAGUGGGCUCAAGCAACAUCAUCUGGGAGAACAGAAUCUCGGAGUUCUCUGAAAACAGAAUGCAGAGCUAUGAGCCAGGACCACAGGGACAGUAAGAGGAAGCCUCAAGCAGAGAGCAGCUACUUCUCUCUGGAGCAUCAGAAAUCUGAUCCAAAUUGGGCUUCAUCCCCACCCUGUGCAGGCCGUAGCACUUUACCUGUCCGAUACGAUGCCAAAGCAGCAGGUGGGUGGCCAGCUUCCUCUGUUAGCUCGGCAGACUCAGAUAUGAGCUGGCAGACAAGUGGCAGCAGCGAGGGUCGACAUGGACUGAUGAGGCAGGAAUACACUGUGUUGGCUGACUUGCCCAAACCAAAGCGGCUCAGCCAUCGGCAGGCAUUUGAAAAAGACCGCAGCAGCUCCCGCACCCGUAGUCCUGGCCGAGCAGAGGUGGAACGGAUUUUUGGACUUGAGCGCAGGAAGUCGGAGACUCUGGAGGCAUUCCAAGCCCUGGAGGAAGGGCUCCUAGAGCGGUUGGACAGUAAGAGCUUGAAACUGGCCAAGGAAGGGCGACUUGUGAGGAGGCAGUCAAGCCCUACUCUACGCAGAGAAGUGAACAAGAAACUUGCAUGGGAGCCUGGCCAGCCCAGCAGAAGUGGAGGGGAAUCCCUGCGCUUGGGGAGACCAGGUCAGAGAUCAGAGAGAACCAGUCGGAGCCAAGGCGAGUUUCUGCGCUCAGGAAGUCCCACUCAGCAGCCGCAGAGAGAGAGCCGGAGCAGAGGAACAGGAGGCCUGCAUUCAACAGCUCCGCUCUCUCAGCGGUUAGAGGAGAGGAAGAGACGAGAGGAGCCUGUCCACAAUCCAAGAGCCACCAGGGAAAGAGCUCCUCUUUGUUCCGGGAGGCAAACAGAUAGUAGAAAAAGCCACCCAGAGAGUGGACAUCUCAAGAUCUCUGGGAAGGGCACAGAGACCAAAUGGAAGAGCUGCCUGGAUGCUUUGCACUUGGCCAAACCAGCAAAGAAUGUAGACAAGAAUCAGGUGAGACACGGGAGACCAGUUGAGAGCUACAAAGAGAGUGACCGCAAGGCCAGAGGCAAACCUUUGCUUCCUGUUGAUACAGCUGAGCGACAGAGAGAGGACUCCAGAGACCGCCAAGAAGCCACACGGGCUUUCAGCCCGGGAAGGGGAACAGUAGCUGAACAGAAAACUGGGCGGGCAUCAAGUCCUCCAAGACAUAGAGAAGUUAGCUGGGGAGCCCAAGGAGAGGCUAGGAACACUGUUAACCUUGGGAGAGACGGGGGCAUCACUUUGAAAAGCCACGGAGAUGCUGGAGGAGUAUUUAGUCCUGGCCGAUCUAGUGAUGGAAGCCAACUAGAGACCAGGCGCUCCCUCAGCCCAGGGAGAAGUAGGGAAAGCAGUUGGAAGAACUCAGGGGAGACUGCUAGACGUUCUCCCAGUCCUGGGAGGCUGAUGGAAGGUAUUUGUGCAUGUGCGAGUCAAGCAAGGUGCUGUGCUGUUUCACAGCAGUACACAGAGAACAGUUGGAAGACCCGUAAGGAGGUGGAUGCUGCAAGGAAUCAAAAUGACUGGCCAAGCCAGAGAGAGACAUUCAGCUCUUUCACUCCAAGCAGGAGGGAGAAUAGUGAACGGAGGUGUUGCAGCAGAUCCUUAUGCUCAACAAGUCUGCCAGUUUCUGAGCAGGAGAGGACUGACCAGGAACAACUCCCUUGUUCCAUGAGACCAGAAAACAGCUCCAGAAGCCAAGGAGGAUCCUUGUGCCAUGUGCAUCCAAUGCAGCUCUUAGAAAGGGAGUGGACAAGUCAAGAAGAACACAUGCAUUCUUCAAACUCAGGCCAGCUGGCAUUGGAGAGUAACUGGAGAACCCGCAGGAAUUCAACAGGAUGGGCAGAGGAGGAUGACCAGAAGGAUCAAGGAAGGUGUCCAAGUCCCAUGAGACCAGAAUUUCAAAUGGGCAACAGCUGGAACAAUGAGGAGAAGCUAUUCCACCAGCACCAGUUAGAUGGAGGACAAUCAGCGAAAAGUACCUGCUCCUCAAGAAGCCAAGACCUUUAUCUGGACACAAGCAAGAAACACAAGCCAGAUCUUCUGAAUUUCAAGAAAGGAUGGAUGUCCAUAUUGGAUGAGCCAGGAGAGUGGACGAAGCACUGGUUUGUGCUGACAGACUCAAGCUUGAGAUAUUACAGGGACUCCAAUGCUGAAGAGGCAGAUGACCUGGACGGGGAGAUUGACCUACACUCUUGCACCGACGUGACGGAAUAUGCAGUGCAGCGGAACUAUGGCUUCCAGAUACAUACUAAAGAUGGUGUCUUCACGUUAUCUGCAAUGACAUCGGGAAUUCGACGGAACUGGAUUGAAGCUCUGAGGAAAAGUAUACGCCCUGCCAGCGUGCCAGAUGUCACAAAGUUGUCUGACUGCAAUAAGGAGAACUUCCGCAGCUACGGGUCCCCCAAGAGCUCGAUCCGCUCUGAGGAGCAGCGGCCCAGUGCAGGACCUGAAGUCAUUAGCAGGGGCAGCAGCAGGAAAGGGGAAGGGCAGCACCAUGCCUUUGACUAUGUAGAGCUGUCCCCUUUGCAGCAUGGUUCCCCCUUAAACCAGGGGUCCCCACAACGGACAAGAGGGAGUGCAAGAGCAACAGAUGCAGCAGCCAAAUGCGAGGAGCUGGAACGGGACCUUGCCCACCGCUCAGAGGAAAGGCGGAAAUGGUUUGAGUCUCCAGCAAGUGGGGUCUUGCAGACAGAUGGCCCAGGGCGGGAUCUCUGCCAAAAGGCAGGAGGGCAGGAAUCUCCAGGGCCACCUCUCUCAGAGGCUCAGAAGAAUCGGCUGAGUGAAGAGAUCGAGAAGAAGUGGCAAGAGCUGGAGCGUCUCCCCCUGAAAGACUCCAAGCGGGUGCCACUGAUGGCUCUGUUGAACCAAGGCAAAGGAAGCCAAGGGGAUAAAAAUGAAGCUCUGGAGAAAGAGGUCCAGGUUUUGAGGUCACAACUGGAGUCCUUGCGUGCCCAGAGUGAGGCCAAAGCUCAGAGAGAUGGGAAGGUGCCUCGAGGCUACAUCUCUCAGCCUUUUCCCAAAACCAGGACACAAGGUGGCUUACAAAUUAAAGAGGCCUGUGAACACAGUUUAGCAGAGAUGGAAACUUCCCACCAGCAAGUCAUGGCAGAGAUGCGACGGCAUCACCAGAGAGAAAUGGAACGGUUGCAGUUGGAGAAAGAACGGCUUCUGUCUGAAGAGGCAGCUGCCACAGCUGCAGCAAUUGAAGCACUGAAGAAGGCACACAGAGACGAACUGAACAAAGAGCUGGGCAGAACACGCAGUUUCCAGAAGGGAGGUUCAGAUGCUGAUAUACUCCAGCAGCAGCAUCAGUCUGAUGUAGAUUCCCUGAAGCGGGAACUGCAGGUCCUUUCAGAGCAGUAUUCCCAGAAGUGCCUGGAGAUUGGGGACCUAGUACACAAGGCAGAAGAGCAGGAACAAAUGCUUCAGCACUGCCAACAAGAGGGGAAAGAGCUGCUGCGGCAAAACCAGGAGUUACAGAGGCGACUAUCAGAGGAGAUUGGCCAGUUGCGCACUUUCAUCGCAGCACAGGCCUCAAGCACUUCACACAACAAUGAAAGGAGCUCUUGUGAAUUAGAGGUGUUGCUCCGAGUGAAGGAGAACGAGCUACAGUACCUGAAAGAAGAAGUACAAUGUCUUAGAGAUGAAAUCCAAAUGAUGCAAAAGGAUAAGAGGUUUGCAUCAGGAAAAUACCAGGAUGUUUAUGCAGAACUGAACCACAUCAAGCGGCGGUCAGAGCGAGAGAUUGAGCAGCUGAAGGAGCACCUGCGCCUGGCCAUGGCAGCCCUCCAAGAGAAAGAGAUGAUGCACAACAGUAUUGGUUAGUUUGCUUUUUGUUCCUGGCUUUGGAGGGCAAAAGCUGUAUCUCAGUGACCAACAUCCCCCUCCAAGAAACAAGACCAAGACACUGUCAGACCAUCCUUCGUGCACCUGUAUAACUUAGCAUGUUUGGGGCUGGAUCCUACUAUUUGCACCUUUUUUGGGAUUUUAUACAUUAAAAUAUAUUUUAUAUGGUUGGGGGGGAGUUAUGUUAUGUAAUGCUACACUAUGUUUUUAAUAAGCAGUUGACCAGAGCAAUAAAUCAGAUCCUUCGUCCCAGCCUCCCUUUAGUCAUAAUUGCUCCCUCUUCCAAAUCCUUGAGUUAUCUCUAUAAAACAGAAAUGAUAGGUAAAACUACCUGUUUAAACAAAGCAAAAUUGUACACACACAACUUUAUGGUGAGUCUUCUUGGAUGGAAGGUGUUACUUCACAGUAAUCAAUGUUUUGAAUUGCACUGUGCUGGGAGAAUGUAUUGUGACUGUUUUGUAUUGUGACUGUUUUGUUAGGGGGAACCAGUUUUGUCCAGAGACUGUGUAGGGUUUCUGUUUUGUUUGUUUUUUUGGUUUAAUUCAGAAUCUGGGACUAGCUAUUUGUUUUCAUGUACUUGAAACAAAGGCAGAUUUUUCUGUGUUGAUGAAAAGCUCUACACAUCUUACUACAAGGUCAGCAUCCGCUGCGUCCUAGAAGCUCAUCUUCCACCUCUGCAUCCCUAGGAUGGGAAGAGACUUCUCUGCUAAUGUUGCCAGAGCCAAACAAUGAAGGCGGCUGAUUUUUCUUUCUUUCUGCACAGUUACAAACUAACUUAAUAAAAAUCCUCAAGAUACCAAAAA